ACACAAACCCAUUGCAUCCUAAUGCAAUCCCACACCCGCCGGUAACAAUAAAAUUCCCCCUCACCAUUUCUAGGUUUUCCGAUCUUUUCUGACACUAGACGACACUGAAGGCCGGCCUCCUUCAAUAUUCCUCUUCUGGGUUUUUGAACACCACCUUCGCUCUUUUCCUCUCCCAAUUCUCAUUUCUAGGGUUUCCCUCUAAAACCCAUCAAAUUCAGAUCAAACCCAAUGGCCGCCGCCGCCCAGCUCCGCUGUUCCACUCUCCCCAAACCCCACUCCUCUCUUUCCGACCACCGCCGCAACCCCACCACCAACCUCAAUUCCUCAAUCUCCUUCCCCUAUUCCAAAACCCUAAAUCAUAAAGCUCUCUCUUUUGGCCCGAAGCCGAAUCGGGACGGAAGGCCCGAUCUUUCGUUUUCCGGCGGGAAUGGUGCCGACCGAGGCGGCGCCGGCGGUGGAGGCGGAGGAGGUAGCGGCGAUUGGAGCCGAGGUGAUGAGAAUGAAGAAUCGAAACCCUCGAAAUCUUUGUUUGAGGGUUUUGGGCUUUUGGGGAUGUUUCUGAAUGGGUGGAGAUCGAGAGUCGCCGCCGAUCCUCAGUUUCCGUUCAAGGUUUUGAUGGAGGAGGUCGUCGGAGUGAGCUCCUGCGUCCUCGGCGACAUGGCUUCCCGACCCAAUUUCGGCCUCAACGAGCUCGAUUUCGUCUUCUCUACUCUCGUUGUCGGCUGCAUUCUAAACUUCACUCUCAUGUAUCUGCUGGCGCCGAGCUUGUCCGCCACCGCCGCCACUCUGCCGUCGAUCUUCGCCAGCUGCCCGGCGAGCCAUAUGUUCGAGCCGGGCUCUUUCGGGCUGAUGAGUCGUUUAGGGACGUUUGUCUACAAAGGAGCUGUCUUUGCAGGAGUUGGAUUCGCUGCCGGGCUGGCCGGGACUGCGCUGUCGAAUGGGCUGAUCAAGCUGAGGAAGAAGAUGGAUCCCGAGUUUGAGACUCCCAACAAGCCUCCACCGACAUUGUUGAAUGCGGUUACUUGGGCAAUUCACAUGGGUGUGAGCAGCAAUUUGAGGUACCAGACGCUGAAUGGGGUGGAGUAUGUGUUGGGGAAGGGGCUGCCACCGCUGGCAUUUAAGUCUUCGGUGAUUGUUCUGAGGUGCUUGAACAAUGUGCUUGGUGGGAUGACAUUUGUGCUUCUGGCGAGGUUGACAGGAUCGCAGAGUGCUGCUGAGAAGCUGGAGAUUGGAUCGGCUGCAGAGAAGGAGAAACUGCUGGAGGAGAGUGUGGAUUUGCAGGGCAAUCAGUCGACUUACAAGUGAUGACUUUUGUGGCUUUUGUUUAUAAACUUGGGCUUGAUAUCUAGUUUUGUAGUGAAAAUAAAAUUCUAGGUUUGAUGAAUUUUAGGUCUUCUUCAAAGUUCAUCAGGAAAUGCUGGUUCUACAAUGUGUCCUCUACUUACAAUAGUUAUAUUAGCAAUGCUUGUUUUCUCUUGCGUUCUCCGGGUUGAGUUUUUCGGGUUUGCUAUACUUGUGUCCAUUCUAUUUUUCUCAGGCUCUCAGCUCACUUGAGAGUUGAGACA